AUGGGCGACGGAGACUGUGCAAGUGGCGGGCGACUUAACGGAAAUGGUGAUAGCGUUAAAACACCGUUUCUCAUCGGUGUUGCUGGUGGUACGGCCAGCGGAAAGUCGACCGUAUGCAAACGCAUCAUGGAGCAACUGGGUCAAGCUGAUAUGGACCAUACGCAGCGGCAAGUCGUCACAAUCAGUCAAGAUAGCUUCUACCGAGAACUGUCGGACGCGGAAAAGGCCCGUGCGGAACGAGGUCUAUUCAACUUUGACCAUCCGAGCGCUUUCAACGAAGAUUUGAUGCUAAAAACACUGCAGGAUAUAUUGAAUGGGAAAAAAGUUGAAAUCAGCGAGUACGACUACCGAAGGAAUGCCGUCUGCCCAGAGAAAAAAAUCACCAUCUACCCAGCAGACGUUGUGUUGUUUGAGGGAAUAUUGGUGUUUUACUUUCCCGCCAUUCGGGAUCUGUUUCACAUGAAACUCUUUGUCGAUACUGACUCGGACACAAGAUUGGCCCGAAGAGUUCCACGUGACAUUAACGAACGUGGCCGAGACUUAGAUCAGGUGCUAAAUGCAUACAUGAACUUUGUAAAACCAGCGUUCGAAGAAUUCUGCUCCCCGACAAAAAAAUUUGCCGAUGUCGUUAUACCCAGAGGAGCUGAUAAUACAGUGGCUAUCGAUCUGAUUGUGCAGCACAUUCGGGAAUUUCUUAACAAUCGCACCCGCAGUGACCACAGCCCUCAUUUGGCCACAUGCGGUACCAGUGCUCUGAAUCUGGCUAAUGGUAGAGCUCAAGUUAAUAUGCAAAUGAUAUCCCCUUCAAUGAUCAGUCGCCAGCUCUAUUCGGUGAUGUAUGAUUACAGUUGAACUGCAAGCUGGUAAUAGUUGUAUUUUGUAACACCGAGUUUGAAAAAGAGUGAAAUGAGAUAACAUAUAAAACAGAAUUAAAUUUUGAAGGAAAGCAUAUUCGAAGCAUGUUUUAAUUGGGAAAUAACUUGUAUAGAAAAUUGACUACAUAUAUCGGCAGUAAAAACAGAAGCCACUGGUGAAUCGAAACUAAGGGUCAUGUGGGAUUCUUGCAGAGCGUACCCCACAAAGGUUCCCUCUUGGCCGUACAAUAAUCGUUGAUGAGCAAUAUGUCUUUUACCAUUAGGAUAAAUUAUGUUGUAUAGGAUAGCUGACACAGUCAAGAAGACCGAAUGGCUUCAUGGUAGGCACUGUAGGCCGCAUAUAAGACACUUCUCAAGCUCAGAGGCUUCAUAAGCUUUUGGUCAACGAUGCGUGGUGAUGCAUUGGUGCAAAAGCAAUACUGACAGGGACGUAAUGUCCCAAAUUAUCAAAUGGAAACAUAUUACUUGUGUAAAAAAAUAUAUUUAUUUUUUUUUAUUUACACCGCACCUUGUGCGCUCGAAAACCAGAGAUGAUAAAAAUCAGUUGAAAUAUUAUUCAACAUCAAACAUUUUGCUGAUAAGUUUACACUGAUAAUUUGAAAUUUAUGCGUAAUGUACUGUUAGGCAAAUUCAAAAUUUUGGUUUUAUUUUUAUUAUUGUUCAAGAAUAAAGCACAUUCGUCAA